AUGGCCACUCUGCAACAACACCGGCAGCUUCUCAUGCAUGGCACGGAAGUGAGCUGCGACUCCAGCGGUGAUGGCGCCGUGACCGUGCGGAUUACCAAUAGCGCACCACACGUGCAUCAACAUGAGCCACUGAGGGCUGCCAGCAGUGGAACAGGUGGAGGAGCUGGAGGCUAUGGCGCUGUGAGUAAAAUGAACCCUAACCUCCAUAAAUACAGCAUCUCCUCCAGCUGCAGCUCUGCAGACUCCAGACCGGCACUGACCCCCACUUCCAGGGUGCACAGAGAAGCCCCACCCCUUUUUGAACGCUCUGCUGCCCAGUGCUGGGACCCUAAGUUUGACUCCGCCAUCCUAGAGGAGGCAUGCCAAGAAAGGUGCUUCCCUCAGACACAGCGGCGCUUCCGUUAUGUUCUCUUUUACCUGGCGGUAUCAGCUGUGCUCUGGGGGGUGUACUUUGGGGUCAAUAGCGACCGUUGUGACCCUGUGACCUUUAUAGCCCCCACAGCCUCAUUUCUAGUCCUCCUUUUGCUCCUCUUUUUGUUCACUUUAACCCAGCCCUACACCUGGUUGUACAAUCAAACCUCCCUGCUCCUAAUCGCCAUCACCUUCGCCAUCACUUUAGCUCCACAGAUACAGACUGCUGGCUUCUCUGAGCUGGAGUGGGCUGGUGGCGGGAAUGCCUCGUAUUUCUCAUCAAACAGAGAAGCACCACCUCCCACUCCUCCCUGCAUCUCUCCUGUGGGCACCUUUUCCCUGUGCAUGGAGGUGCUGCUGUUGCUCUACAGUGUCCUCCAUGUUCGCCUGUAUGCCUCCAUCAUGCUGGGGCUUCUAUAUUCUAUACUGUUUGAGGCAUUAGAGUGGCUGCCGUUGCUUCAAAGGAGUUACGAUACGACUGGAUGGAGGACGGGGGUGGUGGAUUCAAGCUCUAAUUGGGGAGGAGACACACUCCACUGGCUGGGCCCAGCUAAAGCUUUGCUCCACCUGUGUGCUCAUGUCAUAGGCAUCCAUCUGUUCAUCAUGUCAGAGGUGCGGUCUCGCAGCACCUUCCUCAAAGUGGGCCAGGCGAUCAUGCACGGCAAAGACUUAGAGGUGGAGAAGGCCUUGAAGGAGCGAAUGAUCCACUCCGUCAUGCCGAGACGAGUCGCAGACGAGCUGAUGAAGCAGGGUGAUGAUGAGGGUGGUGGCGAGAACUCUGGGAAGCGUUACUCUUCUGGUGCCUGCUCUGCCUCGGCUGUCUCAGUGGGUGGUGGAGGAGGCGGUGGAGCUCCACAAACCCAAAGUGCCACACACCCCAAUAACCACCGUCACAACAACCACAAGCGAAAGAAGACCUCCAUCCCUCGAGGACAGAUCAUCUUCAGGCCGUUUAAUAUGAAGCGCAUGGAGCCUGUCAGCAUCCUCUUUGCAGACAUUGUGGGUUUUACUAAAAUGUCUGCCAACAAGUCCGCUCCGGCCUUGGUGGGCCUUCUCAAUGACCUCUUCGGACGUUUCGAUCGGCUCUGUGAACUAACUGGCUGUGAGAAGAUCAGUACUCUGGGAGAUUGCUACUACUGUGUUGCUGGCUGCCCGGAGCCUAGAUCAGACCACGCCAACUGCUGCGUGGAGAUGGGCUUGGGCAUGAUCCAGGCCAUCGAGCAGUUCUGCCAGGAGACAAGUGAAACUGUCAACAUGCGGGUGGGUGUCCAUACUGGCACCGUCCUGUGUGGGAUCCUGGGAAUGAAGCGCUUCAAGUUUGAUGUUUGGUCAAAUGAUGUCAAUCUGGCUAACUUGAUGGAGCAGCUCGGCGUGGCGGGUAAAGUCCACCUCUCUGAAGCUACUGCCCGAUUCCUGGAUGAUCGUUACCAGAGGGAGGAUGGACAGGUGGUGGAGAGAGCGGGGGAGAGUGUGGUGGAGAAACUUAAGGGUGAGUCUCCUUUUUGCUUUGAGUUUUCUAAGUAAGGUGAGAGUACCUGUGCUGACAGAAAGGGUUCAAUGGGAUUGUAUUAACAGCAAUAAACUUGUGAUGAAAAAGAAUCAGGAUGCUGGAGGAGGCCAAAAAUGCAAGAUUUCAAGAAAGAGAGCAGUUGAAUGUAGUUGCACAUGUGUAGGUUAGAGGUUGAAAGCCAGCAUUGUCUGAGCAUAUGCACAUCAGCACUGGGUCAUCUGAGUCGACGGGGUCACUGCCAGCCUAGACAGCACUGAAAUAUGUUACCUGACCAGUUAGUCCACUUGAAACUUUUGGUCCACAAAAGCAGAUCAGACGACAAGAUUAAAAUAUCAGAGCACCAGAAGGAGAGGCAUGUUUUGGUUGAUAUAUAACUGGAUAUCAAUCAGUUAUUCAAUCUUGAAAUACAGUCAAAACCCCCUUUUACAGAGUGGAGUUUUAAACACUGGGCAUUCAGUCAGGAAAUGCAAAGCUAUUUUGUCAUCCAGGAUCAUACAUUGCUUGCUUCGUUGACUAUCUAAUGCCAUCAGUAAUUCUGUAUUGAUUGUAAAUUUGUCAUAGUAGAGCAGCACUCUACAGAUUUAUGGUGGAGCGCCAUAUUUGGAUGUGAGGCUUGUGUCACUGAGAUUACAGCCUUUAAUCUCCCAAAACAACAAAUGGAUUGGAAAUCCCUGCAGCAAACAAAUGUUGACAACUUGCAUAGCAAUGCUGUGAAUCGAUACUCUUGCACGGAAAUCACAGGAAAAGUACAUUUGGGAUGUACUUGUCAAAUGGCUAACGUGACUGCAGCUCAAACAAAACACUGAUCUGUUUGAGUUUUCUUUAAUCUCAUUUUUUUAAUGUAAUAAAAUCAGCGUUACUUCACAGAAAAAGCCUCUAUCGGGAUAAAACCUUGUUUCAAAGUAUAGAUCAAUCAGCAGAGUUCAGUUGAAGUGUCAGACCUCUGUGAGCUGCUUUUCCCUCGGUGGAGCUGUCAAUCAGAUUUGGUUUGGUUCUCUGUUUGUGGCUUGUUUUUGUGGUCAGCCAAAACGUUCAGUUUGAGAUAGAGAUUAACGGUGUGCCUGCUUUUUUUCUGCCACAUAUUGUGACGAUUCCAACAGAGGAAAAAGGUGUUCACAAACUUAAAGCACCAUUUGUACGGUGGGAAUUAAAUAAACUGACACAAAAAAGAGGGUGAAAAAAGUGGAAAAGACUCUUUUAGUCCAUCUCAAUAGUCUUUGUGAAGCAGCAUCAAUGGAGCUAGUCUCCCCAGCAGGGAACUCCUCUUGGGUCGUCUAAUCUUAGUUCUCUUGCAAACACAGUCUGUCUGUUCUAUUGUCAGGCCUUAUGUCAGACUGUAUUCACACUUGGCUCUAAACGGUGCCAUCACUCUCUCUUCCAGACUGGCAAACGGUCACAGAGUUAUAUAUUGACUUGCAGCUUUUGUUGUUGGAGGGAAAAGGGGAGGAUGGCAUCGAGUUUCUUGCUGAAUCAAAGACUCAAAGUUUUCUGCACACAGAAAGGUGUGACCUGAACAGUUUGUCGUGUUUGGCAGUGAGAAAGAGAGUUUUAAACAGCUGUGAGAAAGCUGAGAGAAAUUGAUGCAGCGCUUGUUGUCGACCGAAAUGAACAACAAAUGAACAACAAAUGAACAGCUUUCUACACAGAGUCAGAGAAACUUUUCUUGACGUGGUUUAAAAAGAUGAUGUAUAUAAAUAUACAGUAUAUAGAUAUGUUUAUGAUGUUGGUUGGCUCAGCUUAAAUUUGCCAUUUUCCAGAGAUUCUCCACAUUACCACAAUACCUUUACUUUUCCAUGCCACCACCGUCGUAAAGUCCCACUCCAAUUGUUGUUGUUUUUUUACUACUUAAUGUGUUUUCAGUUGUCUUUGAGUUGUGAUGGUGAAGUUUUUUUAUUUUUUUUUAUUUUUUUAUUUUUUGUUUGCCAAAAUCAUGUUACUUGUGUCAUUUCUAAGGACUUUUCUUCUGUAGAGCUCCAGUAGCUCAUUAGCAAUUAGCUUCUGAGUCGUGGGCGGCAACGCUUUAGUAUUGCUGCACGUUGUACGUAUAUCUGCAGACUCAAGGUUUGGAUCUUUUACAGACUAAGUGGUAUUUUAGGGUGGCAUUGGCACCUUGUCUGUUCCAUUCUGGGUGAGUCAGGAGGUGUUGUGUAUGUUUAUGUUUUGUGUUGUAUAUUAUGCAAAUUAGGUGCUUGCCUACUCAUUUGUCAGUUUUUCAUUGUCUGUGCACGAUGAAAUUACUGUGUCUCAUUCAGUGUGGCGUGUGGCAGCGGUAAGUUCAUGCCCUCAGGCUGGUUAGCCUGUGCUAAAUCAAAGGUGUCACCUAAAUAUGCAGAAGCAAAUGGCAGAUUCUUAACCAUAACCUGGCCAGUCCCAGUGGGUCACUGACUCUGCUACUCUGCCCUCUUUAUAUCAUCCCACAUCUAAAUCUUCAAAACCAACUCUCUAUAGUUCAAUCAAGGCUAAUUCAAUUUCUGUGGAAAUACACUCGUGAGAUUGUACGGAAUUCUGUGACUGUUUCCAAAUAAUCAUUUGAGACAAACAGCAGCUCCUCUGUUCAGUUUUCUUGUCUCAGAUGCAUUCAUUAACUCGCAAUCAUUACUACUAUCAUUACUAAAAUCACUGGUGGAUGCCUAUGUUUUGGUUUGUUUGAAGUUUAGCAAAAAUUUGCAGUGGAUAAUUUAACCUACAACACCUCAUGUUUUCUGCACACAUACAGGAAGAAGCAAUGACUAAAGCCUUUGAGAUGACAGUUUUCUCUACAGAGUCAUGCUGUUUGGCUGCUGUGUUUGCUGCUUUUGUUUACUUUGCUCUGAAAGAGUAACUUUCCUGCUACAACACCAAUUGUGACAGAUACAUUUAUAUUGGAUUCAGAACCAUCUCUAUGUGUCAUGAUGUAGCUUGUCACCAAGGUAAUACCACCUAUGCAUUAUGCAUAACCACUACUGUGAUGUGUAUUGCUGGGUGAUGAUGCUGUAUUAAGUUUAGUGUCUUUAACCCUAAGCCUCAAUUUUUUGCAGCAGGUUUUGCAGUGAACAGUUGAUUGAACAGUUGAUUUCUGUCAUUCUUGGCGUACCUGAAAUGCAAUUGACUUUACCCAUUUUGUCAGUAUAAAACUUCCCAGCUUGGUCCUUUCACCAUAGUUACACAGACAGAGCGUAGGUGUCAUGAUGUUUUAGUUCACUAAAACAUAAUGAGGCAUUAUUUAGGUAUUGUUUAAAGUGAAAUGGUUAAUUUCUGCGUCUUCAGUAUGUCUCCUUUUACUUUUUGUGUCCACCAAGUUGUUUGCUUUAUUGAUCAGUCACCCACAGGAUUAUUCAUAUUUCCAUGAUGAAUAGGAAAUAUCUCUAAAGAUGAAAAAGCAUCGUCGUUCUGUUCUGUCUGACUUUCCACAGUACAUAGCACAAAUUGUACUGCAGUGUACCUUCUACAAUAUUAUAUUAGGUACAUCCUUAUUCCAUUAUCAUUAAUGCUAGAGCUAAAUCAUCAUUUUACAGACAGUAAGCAGCUAAUGAAGCAGCAGAGUAUAAGAAGAGGCCACAAGCACUGAUAACAUUAGCUCUUUAUAGAUAGUGCUCUUUCUCCUCUCUCGUCUUAUCUCCUCUGAAGCUCAAUCUAUCCUAAUAGAGCUCUAAUAGCAGUCUGUCAUCCCCUGUUUCUCUCUCUUUUAGUAGAUCUACAGUGUCACUCACUCAUUCCUUCUCCCUUCUCUUGUUUUUUUUUUCUGUUUAUUAACUCCACAUAUUUCACUAGAAGUUUGUCAUUCCUGCUGCUUGAGAAUGUGUCGAGUCAAGUGUCUGUGUGAGUGUGUGUGUGUAGUGUGGAUAAGUGUGCCCAACCCUGUUCCAGCCUGAUUACCUCUCAGAGUGUGAACCCACACACUCACAAACACUUAAUCUUUAACUAGUCCUCACAGGCAGUUUGCCAUUGGUCUCAAACCUCUCUAUUUCUGCCACGGCUCUGACUUAAUUUCUGUUAUUAAAUGAGUACCAAACACAUGAGUCAGCAGCUCAUUCUGGCUUUAAUGUUUUUGACAGGUCUAUCCGGUCUUUCAAGGUGUGUAAGUGAUAGAGACAGGCACACAUGCUGAUGUUUUUGAAUUGUUAGUCAUCCAAUGAAACAACAACAAUAUGUUGAGACACAUUAUCUGUUUGUUUUCAUUCUGACAAGACACUUGAGUUUAGAAGAUAAAGCUGAAACAUUAUCAUCUUUAACCAGAAUGUGAAAUAACAGUUUGUUCAAGUGUAGCGUAGUUUGAACAUGAUUUCUAAGUUAGGAAAAAAAUUACACUUAAUCAGCAUUUUAGAGGUUGCACUAGCUGAUGUAGUUUCUCUGUAGGCAUAAGUUACACCUUGAAUCUUAGCUCUGUGUAGGUGUUAAGUCCUCUGUUAAAUGCCACUCGUCAUGGCACAUUGUUUUUAACCCUCACAUACUGUUCAAAUCCUGUACCCUCACAGUAUGUUCCGGGUCAAAAUUGCCCCUUCAAAGAGUUCAAAGAGCAGCUUUCUGUCACAGAAAGUUCUCUUGACUAGUUAGGUCAUUUUGACCUCUGUCUAGGUGUGUCUGUGUGACUGUAUGUCUGUGUGCGUGCGUGUGUGUGUGUGUCUCUGUCAAGGUAAUGAUAGUUUCAUAAUGAUUUGAAUAUAUCUUUUUGAACAACAAACCUUAUAUUGAACACUGUUGUUACUGUUUGUCACUUGUCCCACACUGCUAGAUCUAAAAUCCAUCUAAAUAUAGAUCAAAUUUGACCAGCCUUAGAGGGGAAAAAUUUGUAGCACAUAAACAAAAAUACACAUGAAUAUUUUUAAAUUAAUUUCAUGCAUUUUGGGCAACUUCAGGAAAAGUCAUCAAGAUUCAGGCUUAAAAAAUGAUGUUUAGGAUAUUUUUUACUGCUGUUAAAAGUCAAAACGGGUCAAAUUUGACCCUGAACAGUAUGUGAGGGUUAAAGAUAUGUUUAUUUGAAGGAGGCUAUACAGAGGCUUUAACCUGCUGUUUUAUCGCAUCUAUGUUGCGCUGUUUGCCUAUUUAGAGAAAUUUGUGGUGUGAGAGUCACUUAAAGCUUCUGUAAGAAACUUUCAACUUAUGUGAGUUCUGGUACCCCCAAUAGACAAAGAAGUCAUUGCAUGGCUAGUCUUUUACUUUUACUAUUAAUCUUGUAACUUAUGGUUUUGUUGGCUUAUUUUCAGCCAAUUUCAUAAACAUUAAAAAAAAAAAACUCCAGCUCAGCAGGCACUUUGAACAAACUGGCCUGGUGAGCAAAGGUUUUUAUUUUUCACUGACUGGCCAAAUGGAGUAAAAAUGUUAUUUCUGUGACAAUAUGUUGGUUGGUGUGAACUUGAUGUUCUACAAGCUAAGAUAAACCUUGUGCCUCUGUGGUGCAACCAAACACUGAACCAACUAAAGUUACCAUCAAACUAUAGUAAAUGUAUGAGUGAGUGUGGACUUAACUAUGGACACAACUUAUACAGAGCUGGUUUCAAUACUUAUUCUGUCAUGUAUGUGUCUGACAAAAUGUCUCAUUCAGUCAACUUAAUACAAACACAAACCUGUGUAUCUUUGCUUUACAAAUGUAGGCAAAAGCUGCUUUCAGGAGUGAAUUCCUGACAUUUUCCUGAUAAUAUUUAGGCCCAUCAGGUCCUGUCAUUUGUAAGAACUUGGCUUUCACACAUGAACCUCACACUGGGAGAAUGUCAGCACUCUUCAAACCCAAAAUACUCCUGGUGGAGGAAGAGGGAGGAUAUUACGAAUGAGGGAUGUUAAUGAAUUGAUAUUGUCAUAAUGACUCUUUCCCCACUGGUACUAUAGUUCUGUUUACCGAGGUUAGUGGAAAAUGGUAUAAAGCAGUAACAACCCACUCAACGUGAACAUUAUAAUUUGGAGAACUUUUGGAGAAAAUUACUUGCUAUAUAUUCUUACACUAGCUCACCCUGACUUCUUACUUCAUACUUUUAAUGAGGGUAAAGUAGGAAAAAGUUCUGAUUUAUUAGAGGUGACCAGAGAAGGGUUGUUUGCAGUUACACAUGCUGUUCACCUGGACAGUGUCAGGAAAUUUUCAGGAAUAAACUGCAUGUGUAAAAGAGGCUAGUCUGGUUGGCAGCUUGCAACUUGCCUCUCCUGACCCUGACCUGGCGUUAAGUAAUACUUUCACAGUUCACAGUUAUCUUCUGCUCUAUCACAGAGGGAUUUUGGACUUUGCAAUUCAUGCUCAUUGUUAGAGAGUCCUAACGACUGACUUCCUGGUGGACCAAGGUCUUUGCAACACGCCGGUCCUACGGUUACUGAUUGAACAGCUCAUACAGAAUGUAUGAGAGUCAGAAAAGCAGGGGUCAAGAAUCCAGUGUGUGUGUGUGCAUGUGUGGGUUUGGGUGUGGGUGUGUGUGUUAAAGCUUUUGUAAACCUACUUCAGUUUGAACAUACUGAAUGAAUAGGCGUGUUUAUCUACAGUUUGCAGUUAUUGAGCAUGUGUGUAUAUGACAACUGCUUCAGAUUCCACAUUUGUAACAGCUGUAUGUGCCAGUGUGACAACAGCAGCUGCUUUUUGUACUGCUUAUUGUGUGUGUGUGUAUGUGUGUGUAUGUGUGCAUCAGUACAGUACUGAGUUAAACGACUGCUCUGAAUAAUAGAUACACAGUGUGGCCUCAAGCCUGUUAAAAAAUCCAUGAGCUUCCUUUGCAGUCGUUUGUAUAGCUGAAGUGCAUAUAGGAGGCAGAAACAGAGUUUAUGGCCUGUGUGGGGAAAGUAAGGAUGAGUUCUGAGGGAUCACAAACUUGAUAUAGGAAGGAAAAGCAAUAAAGGCAAGAUAAACACUGACAUUUUAGCUGAAUUUCUCUGAGAAAAUACUCAUUGGAAGAUGGUUUCAGCCAGGUGGUGAAGUAUUUGCUCAUAGAAGUGUUGCAUCUCUUCAAUUUGAGUUAAAAAGAGAGUAUGAGGAUGUGGAGUACAUCACAGUGAAGCCCUGGCUCUUCAUGGUUUGUUGCGGUAUAAGAGUCAGCAGAAAAUGUUGUGAUAAGCUCAGUUUCAAGCAGGCACAGCAGCAAAAAAACCUUUGAGACACGUGUAGGGGCAAACUUUGGCUUUUGUCGACAAGCAGAAUAAAACCAGCUGCUCCUACGUUAUGGCCUCCAGCCUAACAACGAAAUAAUCAAUUUUGAAAAGAGUAUGACAAAGCAACAGUUUUUAAUGUGUAAGAUAGCACUUUCUCCUGGGAGACCAUACUGACUUUAGCCGGGAGCUUAAAGCAGAUUCCAGCAUUAAGAGACACACAUCAAGUGUUUAAGAAGGUUACACAAACACGAUGGGCUCUAUUUUCGUGCCUCGCCGGAGACAUGCCUCAGGCACGGCGUAAGUCAGGCCCACCGCGCCGACAAAGCUUUCCCAAGCACAAUUUGGUAUUUUGGUGAGCGGCGCAGCCCGGCAUAAGUAUCCCCGCCCCCCCAACUCAGCUCCUCCCAGCGGCGUAAGUCGUAGCAAGGGAGGAGAGAGGGUGUGGAGUGGAUUUAACACAGCCGAGACCUGUUUUCACCAAUCACAUAAGCUCCUCUCCUCGCCUUUAAAUCCGCCACCAGAGAGGCGUAUUAUAAUUUUCAUGAAGUAGUCAAAGAGAUCAAGAGACCAGAACUGGUUACACGCCACCAGCGAGCACAAAAAUGUCACUGCGCCAGCUGAUUCUGUCGACACCUCCCCCUGCUGCGCCACCAUGCCCAGCUUGGCGGGCCUUGGUGCGCCUCAGUCUACGAAAAUACCAAACUGGCUGUACGCCAGGCUCCGUCAGAAGAAAAUACCACUGCGUGGGGUACGCCACUCCACCGCAUCACGGGCGGACACGAAAAUAGAGCCCUAUAUCUUAAGUGACAAAGCAACCAGCUUAAUGGGUUCAAAGUAUUUAUGACUGUGUUCAAUUUAUGACUUUGAAUCCCAAGUUUAAGAAUAGGUAGAGGGAGAUAUUCAAAGCCAGACACCAGUUUUAUUUAGGGAUGUACCCAUCUGACUUUUUAAGUCCUGAUACUGAUACACAGGCUUUGGUAAUCAGCUGGUACUAAAGUGAUCCGAUACAGGCUAUAAAUGAUUGACCUGGUGUGGGUAAAACUAGAAAUUAUGUUUUGGCAACAUCAGGCUUUUCUAUAAUUGGAAAGAAGGAUAAUGCAAAUCAACAUAAUUUAUCUGACUUUAUUGAGUAAGUCAUAAAAAGUUACCUGUAGUAUAAUGCAGUAUUAUUAAGUAGUACAUAUUAUGCUCACCUUAUUUUUGGUCAAUUUCUGUAACCCCUAAAUCAUUGAUAACAGUUGAUCAUACAGUCACAGAAAAGAGAAAGAAAUCUGCCAAACUGGUCAACUGUUUGUCCUGUAAUCUCCUCUGUCAUUUCUACACUCUGAAAAUAUCACUGGGAAGUUUUUGGUGUCUUUUCUUUGGCUGCUGCAAACAUUAACUGUUCUGUUCUGUUUUCUAAUGCUGUGUCACUGUCUCCCUCAAAAACAUGAGCUUUGCAUACUGCAAGUUACUGUUAUUGACAUUGGUGAACCAGGCUUGAAACAGUUAGCUCCAAACUGCCGAGCUUCUUGAGAUGGUUAUUGUAAACACAAGAGAGCAUAGAACUGAGCUGAGGGAUUGGCUUCCUGGAUUGGCCCUCUAUCACGAUAUCCGAUCUAGCUUUUUAGGCAAGUAUCCGGCUAGAACCUGAUACCAGGAUUGGAUUGGUGUAUCCAAAUUUUUCUGAACUGUGGUAAUGCUGCCAUCCUCAUACUCACACAUCUGCAACUCUAUCAGUGGAAGUUCCCUGUCAGCUUGUCCUUCAUAAUCUUGCAGUCUUGUUUUUUCAUUUCCGCACUUGGAAAUAUUGGGUUGCUGUAUUGUUCACUUAUACUUCGAAAAUAGGAUUGUAUUAAUUGUUGCUUGUCAUCAUUCUGACUCACUGCCCCUGACUGUCGCUGCAUGCAGGCUUUGUUAAUCUUUCAGUUAAGAGUCCUGGAUGGUUUUACAUGAGAGUUAGUUGAAAGCUUCACAAGGCUUUGUAUUUUUAGGAUUGGGAGUGAGAGUAGGCUGGAGGGGGGGACAGAAGUCAUCCAGGGUGGGCCGUACUAUUAUUACCAAGGGUGUAACUCAGGGUGCUGUGGUGUAGCUCUGUAUUGUGUUCAAUGCCCAAAAGGUAUACAGAGCUUAGUUUAUGCAGCAUUAUCAUGAACCCUCACAGAUAUAAAAUACUUGUUAUCAAGCUACACGCUAUAUGUUGGUCAAAAGCCAAAUCCGCUCAAAGACCAGACCAGGGCUCCCCCAAUGGCAGCUGUACAUUUUUAUUGAAACAACCCUAAGUCACCACACACUUUUGUUUAUCCUUUCUAUUUUGUUCUCUCUCACUCCAUGUCUCAAAGUUGCUGUCUUUCUUCUAGAGUAUGGGAAAACAAGAUUUAGUUUUCACAUAGUUUAAAUGUGAACUUAAACAUGCAUGUAUAUGUAGAUAAAAACAUUAUUAUUUCAGGCCAAAACAUCUGUUGUAUAAGUCUACAAAUUAGAGUGCCAGUCUCAAAAAAUCGGGAUCAGUAAAGUCACAGCAGAAACACUGUUUACAUUGCUGUUCUUUGGUGGUCUGUCUAAGACAUUAGAGGGAGCGAGGGAGGGAGGAGAAAACGACAAAAAAAAUUGAUUUUUCAGGUCAAGACCCUUUCCCAAGGAUUUUCCCACAGUCUUGCGGAUGGCUGUGUGUGUGUGUGUAGAGGCAGGGAGUGCAAAGUACAACUGUAUAUCUUUAAGAAAACCAUCCAACAAUAUAGUAGACCAUUGUUGCAUACUAAACACCAUAAGAUAUACCUCAUGUUACUAGAAAAUCUGUCUCUGAAAAAUCUAAACACUAUUUGUACACAUUUGUACCAACUGUUUGUACUUAGAUUAGAAAAAGAUAAGUUGACUAACUCUAUUUCUGGACCAGUAGCUCUUUUAUACAGAUGGACACUUUCAGAUCUGUCUUAAUACAGCUGGUUUCUGAAAAGUUUUCUCUUGCUUUUAAAAGAAACGAUUAUGACAAGCACUGAAAAUGUUCCGAAGUUUUCAGGACUGCUUGGCACUUCUUUGUGGUCUGCAGUUACAACAGUUGGUAGGAUUAAAAAUUUAUCUACCGUCAUGCUUUGAGUUAGAAACUGGCAUUUAUUCAGGCAAAAUGACGUGUCGGCCGUCAUCAGUGUCCCCUCGGCAGUGUAACCAAGGUUCGUCACUUUUUUCACUCAAGGACUGUUCUCUGUCGCUGAGUGACAUCCUUGCGUAGGGCAACUUACAAAGCCUCUGUAGAGCACCGAAAUGCUUUUUCAAGAGCCGUGCAUGUGUCUGUGUAUGUGCAUGUGUGUGUAUAUGUGUGUGUGUAUGUGUGUGUUUACCAGAGUGACGCAGUGUCAGUCGCAGUGCGUCACUGUUCCUGUCAAACCACUGGACGACAUGCCUCACACACACACACACACACACACACACACACACACACACACACACACUGACACACACACACAGACUUGAGGGGCUUUGAAAAAUACGUUCAAACAGAUGGUGAAUGAUUACAAAAAGAUAUCUGUGUCCUCUAACUAGUGAACCGUUACAAGAACAGUGUAAUGUUAGUGGAAGCCUGAGAGACAAGUGGACGACUGGUGUUAGCAUGUGUUAGCACCAUAUUCAUACUGUGACAUCUAUUUCAGACAGCAGGAUGACAAAUUUUACUUGAGUCUCAAUAAGUUGGACAAAUGGGCUGAAGAAAUUGUCAGGAUCCUCAGAAGGAUCCCAUAAAGACACUGAUGAAAGAAUUACAUAAAUCCAUUAUGUUAAAGAUAUAAGAGCUCUGGUCCUCUGUCUGCCUUUUCAAUACUGUUAAUAUUCUGUCAUUGGCAAGCGAACAUGAAGUAAAAAUGAACAGUGACCUCAAUAUUAAGACUUCUUACAAGCUCCUGUGAGAAAUUCUCAACUUGUGUCAGUUUUGGUGCCCCCUGUGGACAAAGCAGACUCAUCUUGUCCUCUACGUACUUUGUUGGUAUUGAUUACAAAAAAGUGUCAUCCUGUUGACUUGUCAGAAUAUAAGGCAAGUGCUGAAAUAACUUUGGUAGAUGUAGCCAUCUUGUUUCCGCCUCCAAUUUAGCUUUUUUUUUUUUUAAGACUUGGUAGCUGAAACACUGAGAACUUGGGUGGGACGUCAUUUUCAGCUCCGACAUCUGACUCCCGAGGUAACUAAAAUGCAGCAUUAGGGCAUGCUAGCCACAGAGUUCAGUUUGGAGAGGCAGGAUAAUGUUUUUUAUAUACAUAUAUUUUAAUAAGGGAGAUUUCCGGGAGAAUACUAAUGCGGGAAGAGGGGUAAAAUACGGUAGUUUCCGGCCAAAAUAGGAUACUUGACAGCUAUGGCGUUGAGUCCACUGUGAAAUGCUAGUUUUUCUUGAGUGAAAGGUAAACCUGCAGGAUGAGGAGGAGCAGAGGCUUUAACCAGCGGUAUCAUGUCUGCUGUGCAUUUUUUGCUUUCUUUCCCUUAGAUGUGUAUAUCAACUAUUAUUUCAUCAGUAUCAUCAUUGCAGUCUGUUGUGGUUGUUUGAUGCCAGUGUUAUUAUUGUACACUACAGUCACUGUAGAUUUAGGAUGUAAGCCUUUCGUAUCAGCCAAUUACAAUGCUUUGUCAUAUUCUACAUACCUGUGCUACAGUAAGUUAAUCAUCAGGAGUUAACUGCAGUAAUUUUUUACUUGUUAGCCCAUUUGGACCCCUUUCUCUCCCUGCCCUGUGGUGCACAUCUUUGCCUUCACUUAUGAACAAUUUUGAUGGAAAUGUUACUUACCACUUUGUGAUAUUUAGAAUAUAUCUUUUCACCCAGCUGUAGUGAACAAUCAUCUCUGCCAUCUUUACUAGACAAAGGCUUUCUAACUUGGUAAACAUAAUAUUGGGGAUCUGUAUAUUAGUAACACUUGUGCUUGCUUUGUGCAACCACCCAGGUCAUUAGGGCUGACUAGUAACCAUUUUUUCCACUUCCUACAAUGAGGGACUUUAUGUGGAAAAAACAUGAAAUUUUCCAACCAUUCCCUCAUCAUCUUGCCUAGACUCUUUUGUAAAAUCUCAAUGUUAUAUUCUCACAUUAUGGAUGGAUGUCAUCUCUUUGCAUCACAUAUAUCAGAGCAAUGGGGAAAUGAUCCAGGAAUCCUCUGUCAGCAGAGAUAUAGGACUUGCCCUUUGUCCUCUGUCUGUGCAAGGCAUGCCUUUAUUCAAUUCAAGGUACUACAUUGGCUGCGCUUUUCUAAAGCCAGGCUUGACUGAAUAUUUCCAAACCUGAGCCUUUUAUGUGACAGGUGUAAACAGACCCCAGUGACUAUGUAUCAUGUGCUGUGGUCCUGUCCGUACCUGCCUGCUUUCUCCUUUGGUUGGUGUUUUUGGUGUAUUCUUAGCUCCAGCAGGUUUGAACUUCCAACCUUACUUUCAGGAGAACAUUGCCUUUCCCUUUCUAGUUUGAAGUUCACUUCUAUUUAAAUGGGAUGAUACAUUACCUCCAUCACCCAACCAAUGGAUAAAAGAUCUUUGAAGGUAUGAAUGUUCUGUUCUGCGCUAUAAAACCUGUUUAUAAAUGAAGUGUUAAGAGAAAAAAGAAAGGUCAUUCUCAGGGACUGGCCACAACAAGUGAAACUGUUAUAUCUGCAAUAAUAUUUUGUCUAAUUUGGACAGUGCAUGGCACUAAUUAAGAUGAAUUUUUAUGUCUUUGGAUCAAAACACUGACACAACUUAAGUCUGUAACUAGCUAGUUUUAAGAUAUGGUUCAGGGUCGACUCUAAAUAAGGACAUGACUGGUUCAGAGCUGGUGCAACAGGCCUCUGGUAUUUCAGUAUCCUAUUUGAUACUGUUUGUUUGACUCCAUGGCAGCGUAGCACAUAACCACUGAUAUACCAGGCUGAUUGAUGCAUGAUGAAAAAUCCUUUUUUCUUCAUUUGUAAAUUUCUGUGUUGUGUGAAGGUGUUUAUCUUGCAAAUGAGAGCUACACAGUGAGUUAAAGAGAUGGGGUGGUGGGAGAAAAAGAGAAACGCAGCAUUCAAAUAACUCCCCUCUCUGAAAUGAUGGCACAGAAGAGGAGGGAGGAGGUAUGGAUGGAUGGGAGGGAGGAAUGGAAGGGUAUUUGAAGGAGGAUCUUGUAAGAGCCUCAUCCCUCGGUUUCAUCAGCGUGUCCAAAUAUGGAGGCAUCUGCUGUUCUCAAGACCCACCGCUGACCAGAGAGAAACUUAGAGGGUAGGGAAGGAAAGAAGGGAGGAAGGAAGAAAGGAAGGAAGGAAAGAAGGAAGGAAGGGGGUUGAAAAAAAAGAGAAAACAAAUAGUGGGAGAAAAUUUCAGUGGAAGUAGGAUGACCAGAAAAAGAGAAGUAGAUAUAUGGAGAGGUUAAGGGAAAUGAUAGAUUUGGCAAGACAUAAGAGAAGAAGUUGAAGGUAAGGGUUAGAGUGGUAGUUCGGUACAAGAUGGAGAGAUAGAAGGCCAAGUUUAUGAAAAGCAAAAACAUGCUUAGGUCUAUUUUUAGUGCUGGAGUUGUUUGUUUUCUGUCUGUUCUCAGCAGCAAGAUAAAAGUUAAGAACGAGAGAAAAGAUGAAAAGAUAAAAGACGACAAAGUGAACUCUUAAGUUUUACAAACUCUAAAGUCUGCUUCAAGUCUGUUUCUUUGGUACCAAAUUGAUUGAUUCCUUUUUAACUUUCCCCACUUGUCUUUCACAUUCACACGCACGCACGCACGCACGCACGCACGCACGCACGCACGCACGCACACACACACACUCUAUUUUCACAUGUCCACUUUUCUGUGUGUGGGACCAGAGUGGAGCCAGUGACCUUUGGGUCACUGAGGAUUGUUUUGAUCAUGUAGCUAGAAGCCGCUGUAAGGUCAGAGGUUGUUUGUCAGGAAGUGCAGAGUCCAGAUUGAUACAGUCCAUACAUGAUUGUCUGAAAUGUCAGCUUUAGUCUGAGACCUUCACCCAGACACUCUCAGGGGGAUGAACAUUCACACAUAUUUGAGGUGCCAAAUCAUGUGCCAGUCCACACUUAAGCUUUAACUCCCACCAGUUUGUGUUUAGUGUUUGUAAAGAUAAGUUCUGAUGGCAGCUCGGCUUUUCGCAUUGCAGUGUGUGAAAGGGUGAAUGAGGACUGCAUGAUUUUGGCCCAAAAUUAAAUCCUGAUUUUUUUUCUUAUUCAGUGCCUAUAAAAUUUUAUUAAAAAUAAAAAGGUUUCGUAUCAUCUCUUAAAACAAAACCACUGAAAACGAUGAGACAGAAGAAGAGUACAGAGCAUUCUUAUCAAGGUUGUUUUGGCCGGACACGUGCAGGCGCCAUAAAAGAGUUACGCUGUGUGUCACUUAAACAUUUCAAACUAGAAAAGCACUCGGAGAGCGCAGACCUCCACCAAGCAGCUCACAGUAUCCGGAAUUUUGUCUGGAUCAGGAUCAACCUUUGACACCUCAUAAAACUCAUUGAGAUCCUUUUGUGUAAUUUUUUACUAAAGACUCUGGCCAUUUUUAUAGAGUUAAAUGCAAAAAUUCCAAAAUUUGCCCUAUCUCACAAUGAAUAAGAAUCCUUCAAAAAAUUCCUGGAUCCAGAAGGUGAUGCGGAUCACCACCAAAAUGUAAUGUGAUCCUCCUGGGGCUGAGACACACCUCUGGUGAAAAUUUCAGGUCAAUCCGUCUGUUACUUUCUCCAUAAAGUUGCUAACAGACAAACAAACAAACAAACAAACAAACAAACAAACGCUACCAAAAACAUAACCUCCUUGGCGGAGGUAAAAAUGCAGAUAGGUUUACACACAGAGAUGUAACGGUAGUUGUUUAUGGAUUUAUGUACUCUCUGACCCAUUUUCAAAAAGAACAGUUUACAGUCACCCGAAAUGUGGAUGAAACACCAAUAUGACAAAAAAUUUUGUGCUCACUCCUGAAUUAGUUUCCAUGUGGACAGGUUCAUACCGCCUUCAGACAGACUCUGUAGCGGGGAGUGGUUUGCUCUUCGUCCAAAACUGCCAAGCCGUACUAAUUCCACACGACUGACUUCCUCUUGCCCCUUUUAGCCAGAAAAUUAUCACCCUCUUUUGCAAACGCCAUGUUUGUUUACACUGGUGUGUGUGGGAACUGGGGAGCGCUCUUGCAGGAAGGGGGAGCCUACAGUGGCCUGGAGGCACGAGACAUGAUAAAGAGGAAAAUAGAUUUGAUCAUUUUAAUUUUUUUAACAUCGUCAUAAUCAAAUAAUCCAAUUCCAAUUUAAAAUCGAUUAAUUGUGCAGCCUUUGGGGGAAUGUGACAUGUAGAGUGUCAGAGCUAAAGACUAGGAAAAAUCUACACAAGUGCAGUCUCUUGAACUUGUUGUUGCUUCCAGGCUGACCAGGGCUCUCCAUCACGACCUGUUGGCCAGGUCAGAUUAAGCUCGGUUUGAUCGAACAAUUCCUUAAGAGCAAAGCAGCUAUUAAACCCUUUUUUCACACAUGAACUCCUGACAUUUUCAAGAGAAGUCAGGGCUGAUAUUCUCAGAAAUCUGCUUCUCACACAUGGGCUGUUUUGUGGCUGAUUUUUGUGUUGGAUGUGCCAUCUUAACUGGAAAUACUCUGCUUGGUUUGGCUGAGGGGUUGCUGGGUAGGACAUAUGGGAAGAGGAGUCUUCUAUACUGGUAAUGUUUCUGUGAUUUUAUCACUACAAUAUGUGCAAGGACAGUUUCACGUUGAGCAGUAAAAAGUUUGAUCAACUCAAUUUGCAGGUGUAGAAAGUGGACAGAUAGCAUUUUGACUUGCUGUGGUCAGCACAAAUUUUAUUCUUCAUAUUGUCAUCACACAAAUCACAAAAAUUAUUUUCUGCUUUGGACUGAAAUGACCAAAGCAGUCACUCCUAAAAUCAUUAAAAUAACUUUUGUUCUAUUUAUUCCCUGAUUGUCUCUGCAGUGUGCCAGUAUCUGUGUGCACGACUGUGCAAGUGAGCAAGGAGUGUGUUCACAAGAGAGUAAUUUUCUGAUGUUUGUGUGUGUAUGUGUGCGUGUGUGUGUGUGUCCUUGGUGUGUAUGGCCUUUGGGUGUACAUGUGGAAUGUAACAACUCAGCUUCAUUUCCUCCCCAUUCAUACUUAUGUUCAUUCAUUCAGUCUUUCAUUCAUUCAUUCCACUCGUGUGUACAACUUUUAUAUUUAGUAAGUGUGUGUGUGUGUGUGUGUGUGUGUGUGUGUGUGUGUGUGUGUGUGUGUGUGUGUGUGUGUGUGUGUGUCUGUGUGUCUGUGUGUGUGUGUGUGUGUGUGUGUGCGCGGCACGCGUGCGUGUAUUACAGUGUCACACAUUUGGGGUGUCUUCUUACACACCAGGAAAGGAGAGGCAAAAAGGAUCACUGCAGUGCAUAACCCUGGAUGAGUCAUACCAACAGGAUAUGACAACUUUUGUGUGUGUGUGUGUGUGUGUGUGUGUUCAGAUUUAUCACCCCUUCAAUAUGUCUCAGACAGGCAGAGGCAGCAUAUUUCCUGGAAAGGGUGUCUGGAGUGUGAGAGGCUGUGACCUCUCGUGUGUUUGGUUUGUGUGGUUACUUCACACACCUACACAGGCCGAAACAUCUCAGAAUGCCUCUGUGAAAAUUUACAUUUAUGUAAGGUGCUGUUAAGAGGUUUAACACUGGAAUAAAUGAAUAGGAUGGAUGCAUUGCUAAGAAGCAGGUAGUAAACAAAACCUCAACAGAAGAAGAAUCGACAUAAAGAAGACAAGACUUUCCAAACAAUCGGUAACGUGACUUAAUCUACAUCCCAUGGGCCUCUUGCUAACACGAGCAACUUUUACCUGCUGAUUGUAAACUGGGACAAAAAUAAUAUGCCAGUAAAAUCGCCAAAAGCAACUGAUUGAAUUAACUGUGUUUGAAAUGAGUGUAAUGCUAACAACAUGAUGAUGACAGGGCAACACAGACUUACACUAUGACGACAGCUUGUACAUUUGUACCAGUGCGAUCUGCAUACAGACAGAUGUGCAGACAAUUUUGCUGUUCUGGUCUUGAAAAUGAUUCUCCUCGUCCAACCUCUGAUUUUUUUAUUCUUCUAGUUAUGUGUUGCUUGUGCUUGUGGCAUGAUAUGAUUAAUGACACCCCAAUAUUGAGUUCUAACCUCAGUUCAAGCUUACUUAAAGUAGAAUUUGUACAAGGAGUUGGUAAGAAAAGUGUAAGUAAAGUUUGGCCCAAAAACUUCAGCUGCGUGCAUUUGCAUAUGCAAACCACUCUGAAACAUGUGUGAACACAGCUUUAUGUGGCAGUUUUAUUCUUUGAGGGAAUACAGGUCUGCAGUGUGUUUUGCCCACCAGGGUUUAGAUACAGUUAGGAUGUGUGAGUCAUUGUGAUGGGGUGUACAAGAAGGGCAGCAUCCGAGGUCACUUCAUGUGCGAUGUUUAACAGUUUCAGUCAGGAGUUUUAGUUUUACUAAUUGCACCUGAGUGGUGGUGUCGGGGAGAGACAUCCUAAAAUCACGGUUUAAUAUGUUUGCAGUGAUUUCUUUAAGGCAACUAUAGGGAAUGUUUUUAAUCGGCCUGUUGUGCUUUGGCAGUUCUGCAUACAGCUGCAGUCUCCAAGGUAGCAGACACAAUGAGACAUAAUCAGAGAACUGUAGUCUCGUGGUAAUAGGGUCAGACUAAGGUUGAAUAUGCAUUAAGAUGUAAGGUUUCCUAUCACGUCUUCUUUAUUAAAGGUGCAUAGUUCUUAUGCUUAGCUGUAUGUGUCUAUGGCAACAGGAAGGUCUAUUUUUUUCCUUUAGUUUUUCAGCAGAUAUGAAGUAGACUGUUUCCCAAGCCCGUAUUUUAUCUGAUCUUAACAAAAAUUAACUGGACCUGAGCCCAAACCGACAUGUAAGAGGUGAGACUUGAUAAGCUCCAACUUCAGAAUAAAUGGCGAACACUCACUUCACUGGGCUGAUUCCUAUUUGAUUUGAUCUGACAGAGAGUGCUUCCAUCUGUAACCUUAUCUGACUUCAGACCGGCUUAAAUUACAUUAGGAGUGAACUGAGUCUUACCCUUUUCCUUCUGGCCCUUUCUCUCAUUCCUGGUCAUGUCAAAAGAUCUGAUGUAUUGGUUUAUUUAAAUGUGGCAUCUUUUGCAGCAGUAAUGCUUUAUUAGAAAUCAGAUUUUUUGAAUAAAAUGGAGCUGUCUUAUCUUUUAAUUGGAUCAUUUUAAUGGAUGAGUGGCAUGCUGUGAUUUUCAGCUGUCAUAUAGUUUACUGAGACCCUGAAUAGGAAUUUUGCUUAGACUGGAAACAAGAAGGAAAUCGGGUCCUCUCAUGUUCUGUUAAUGCUCAAAAGUAUUAACCCAUGUUGUAGUUACGUCAACAAACCUGGAGCCUGAGUGGAGUCUCAAAACUAGUCCUGAUGAUGUGAGAACUGCUGUUUCAUUCUGAACUUUACAUUGUGUGAAUCUUGACCGGUGGUUGGCUUGUUCAAAGAUUUUAAUCACCAGUGAAGCUACAGCGCAGUACACUGUGUUUCAUCUAUAGCAUGACACGGGAGUGGAUUUUCACUCCUGUCCCGUCCCGCUCCCAGAGAAAAAAUCCCGUCCUGUCCCAAUCCCGGACCAGAGUAAAAAAUAAUAAUCCUGUCCUGUCCCACUCCCGUAAAAAAAUUAGGUAAAAGUGGCAGCCGAGUAGGAGCGGCUGCCGUCGCCGGCAGCGACACACAUAAUUUUCACUUCUUUUUCUUCUUUUUUUCCACUUCCGGUAGUGACAGGAAGUCAAACCACUGAUCUAGUUCUUUUGUGUUGCUAGCGCGGUCAAUAGUGUUGGCUCUCACUGAGAGGUGACUAGGAAAAUGGACGCAUCAUAAAAAAUGACUCCCAUCCCGUGGGAUUCCCGCAGGAAUCACGUGACCCACAGGAAUUCCCGAAAAAUGUCAUCCUCUAGUUUCAUACUUGUGCAAUGAGCCUCUCUUAAUGGGGAGACGCUGUCAUGGAUUCUGCUGCCAAGGGGUAACUAAGUCUUUUUUUUAAUGUCCAAAAAAACCUGCAACCCAUCCAGUCUUGAUCAGAGUUUUAACAAAAUUAAAAGAAAAAAACUUAGACCCAGGGCUGUGUCCAAAGGGGGGCACUGGCACUGGAUCUGAUUCGUGACGGGAAUUACAGCUCUUUUUAGUGAACCAGAUCUUUCGGUUCUGCUCACCAAGUAGAACCGGCACUUUCAGCUCGGAAACGGCUCUUCAUUUUACCACUUAUACAUUUUCUAAUUUGGCUAAAUUUUGCGUUUUUUGGCUUAUAUACUUUUUUGUAUUUUUGUGCUGAAGUAUUCACAAGUAAACGCUACAUUUUCUAAUAUCAGUAAAUUGCUGUAGCCAAUUGUUUUCAUUGAAUUUAAAGACCCUUGUAACUCUCUGAAACCACCCAAUGAAUGCACUGACUUGCUUGCAGAACCAUUCAGCUACACAAAGCAGAUUCUGCCUUGUAGUUUUUUUUCUGUGGGAGGAAAACAGAUAGAGAGAAAAGAGAAAACAAAGAAAAACAAACAAACAAAAAAGAGGCUCUUAGAUGGGAGCUGGCUCCCAUCAUUCACGUUAAAGAGCUGGCUCUUUGAACCAGUUUGUUCGCGACCAACACAUCACUAGAUCUGAUAGGCCCAAAUCCCGGACAGUGACUAGAAUACUUUCCUCGUUGAAGGCAGGACUUGUGUAAAAGUUUGGAUUAUGUUAUGAAAGACUACCAGACUGUUUUCUUGGCAUUUAAUUGUAGAAUUAAAGAUAGUUUAAAUAGGUUGCGAUGACAGAGAGAAAUUAUGUUCCGGCCCCCCUUGCCUCAGCCACCCUUGAGAAAGAAGUCCGGACAUUUCUCCUCCUUGAUGGAUCUUCAACAUAUUUGACAUGUUGCUCUUUUCUUUUCGGCUCGUUCACAUUUGCUGUAAAGUCUUUGAAAGCGAAGUCAAGAUUGGUAGCAAGCGUCUUGUUGGAACUGUUGCUGAAUGAAACACAUGAUCCGAACAGAAAAAGUAUCGGGGCCUUAUUCAAAAAUAACUAAGAGCGUUAAUAAAACAGACUUUAUCAAUAAAUAAGUCAGAGUGCACGUCUUUAUCCAAAGAGUCUGAAUGCAGCCAGUGCUGGAGUCUGAGUUUUCAGUGAAUGAGUCCAGACUAUGAGGACUUGUAUUGGACUCAAGUCAGAGUCCUGGACUUCUGGACAGCUCUGGUAUUUAAAUACUACAUUUCUUAGCCUUUGUGGUGUGUGUUUGCAUGCCUGUGUAUUGUAGUGGUCGCAUCUGUCCUCAGCUGAACUCUCUCCGCUCCAGCCAGCUGGUUUAAAUAAAUCAAUAAAAAUCAUUGGGCUGCAUUGAGACUUUAGGGUGCUGGUGUCACUUUCUUUUUCCCUGAGUCCUGCAUUUACAGAGCCUGGAGUACAUCAAUACACACACACACACGCACACACAUACACUCACACACUCACAAAAGAAGGCCGUGCAGUGUAUUUCAUUGGCUCUGGCUGCACAAACUCAGUAGUAAAGGACUAUCUCUGUUAUGCCUUUGAGCUAAGAUAAAUACAGAUGAUACAGAGCAUGUAGCGCCUUUUACUUAUUUUAAAAGUGGUUAACAUUUAUGCAUCUGGACUAGAGUAAACAUGCAUUAACCUGCUGUGGACUUAAUGGUCGGAAAACUACACAUUUGGAUUGUCUAUGAGCUCUUGAACGCUGUCCCAUUUGGAGGCCUGGUUUACAGUUUAGCGCAGGCUGUUGAUAAAGUUAGAAAGCUGAAAUGGAAGUAGACAAGGAAUGUGGGUUAUGUGAGGCAUGCUAAACUCAGUGACCUUCAAAGUACUCUCCGUCUCUUCCUCCCCCUCGCCAUCUCUUUGCCGUUUGCCACUCUGCUGAUAUUAACUUAAACUUCCUCUGACUUGACAACAUUUCUCCUUACAUGCAGGACCAUACGAAAGCUACAAAGGGACAUUGCAAAACGUCAGACAGUGUUCAAAUCUGUGUCCACAGCCAAAGCAUUUGCCUGAAAAAAAAAGUUUAAUAGAAAAGAAGAGCAACCAUGAAAUAGUCACCCAAAUAUUGAACUAAAAAGUUCUAGUGUUACUCAGGCCAAAUUUAAAAUGCAGGAUGAUAAAGUUUAUCAUACUGGCACAGAGUUUCUUCUGCUGAGCUUCUGUCUCUUUUUAAUGGUUCACUAUAGCAGAUCUGCUGUGUGAGUGUGUGUCUGUGUUACAGUCAGUGAGCGAGAUCAAGAGCGCAACAGAAAGAGGGAUGAAAGGCAUCAUUAGGCGAUUCACAGCUGUAUGCUUCACUUGUUGUACAGAAGGACGCUGUUGACACCCAUUAAAACACAGCUCCUGUCUAAGAGCUAAUGGACGGCAGUUAUGAACUUUUGCAUGAUUGUGUGUGUGUGCGUGUGUGUGUGUGUGUGUGCGUGUGUGUGUGUGUGUGUGUGUGUGUGUGUGUGUGUGUGUGUGUGUGUGUGUGUGUGUGUGUGUGUGUGUGUGUGUGUGUGUGUGUGUGUGUGUGUGUGUGUGUGUGUGUGUGUGUGUGUGAGUGAGUGAGUGAGCUGAGGUCUCAUAAAUGGCCUUUGUCUCCUGUUUGGCUUCGACUCAAACCUCAAAGUUAGGAUUGUUAUUGGCCUGAAGGUUGAGGACAUGUGCCAGGUCUUCACUGUCCCAAACCCCAGAACAAGACACACAGUGCCUCCAGAGAUAAGUUCAUUGUUCGUUAUGCAUUCAUAGCUGAUUAGAUUUAGGCAGACAGGGGAGCAGGACAAAAAGCUGUGGUGAAACUCUGUCAUGUCUGUGGCCUUCAUGGUGGUCCGCUUAAAUUCUACUAAAUUGUUUUAUAGUAAUGGAUUUUUGUGGAUUAACCCUCACAGUACGAGCCAAAUCGAUAAAAGUGGCUGAAGUUUGGUCAAUAAUGUGACCACUUUAAAUUGUUUACCACAAGGGUUAAAAAUUCAGACCUAAAGAUAUUAGCAGAAGUAUGUCUCCAGCUGCAGCUUGAAAAGAAAAAAAAAAACAGUUUGACACUGUCUAGUUAGUACAAAGAAAUUAUCGUACUUUUUAAUUUCCAUAAGAGCCAGUAUUACAGGUGGAGCUUAAAAAUUGGAACAGACAAAAAAGUUCCAUGAUAUAAUUCAAAUAUUUCCAUAUAGAUCAGAUUCAUCACACACAAAGUGAAAUAUUUGAAGAGUAUUUUGUUUUAACCUUGAUGAUUAUGUCCUACAGUUUAGGAUAAAAAAACACUUUUACAAAACAUGAGAAUAUUGUGAAAAAGUCCAGUUUCUUGUCAGAUAUUUCAGUCCCGAUUCACUCUGAACACCUUCAAAAGUUUGCUGAAUCUUUAUUUUCUCACUCUGGUUCAGUACACACAACCAUAACCAUGGGGAAAAAUGCUGACCCGACACUUGUCCAGAGGACCAUCGUGGACUGAAAUAACGGACAAGGACCUGGACUUUUUGAAGAUUUUUUAAGAUCAUCAAGAUCCAAACAAAAAAGUCUUGAAAUAUUUCACUUUGUGUGUGAUGAAUCUACAAUACAUGGAUGUGUCACUUUUUUUGACCUGCAUUCUAUGUUAGACAUUAACACAUUUGCAGUCAAACACUCUGAACUCCUGCGUCACAUCAACAUGGCCUUUGAGUCAAUCAUUACAUGAUUUUCACUUUACAUCUUGGAAUAAAGAAAAAAAAGAAAUGAAGUUUGCCCACCAUCCCUGACGCGCCAAAGGGCUGUUGGUAAAAGACCUCUUUUUCAAUGUAUUUAGUCAGUGUUUUAACCUUUUGAAAUUAUAGGUCCAUUUGUUUUUGAAGGGAUGAGACAUCUGCGGUUAACUCUCAACUGAAGGAUACAAACAAGCUCGCUGAGACUCAUUUCACAAUUCUUUCUGACCUCCUGAGCCCACUGAGGAGCGUUAGAGAAAGACUGUUUUGUAACGUGUCAGCAACUGUUUGAAAGUGGUAUUUGUUUUAAAAAGAGUUCACCUGAGGAGGUGGUUCAGUUACCUCCUAAAACUUUAUGAGAAAUGAUCUCUGAGGAGUUUUUAAUGUUGGUUUGAGAAGUUCAAAUUCUGUUUGAGACUGAUAAACAAAAGGUCAACAUCGACUGACAAAACAAGACUCUUUUUGACCAUUCAAAUCUGAGGGCUGCCCAUCAAGUUAUCUCAUUUCUGGUUUAUUACUGAAGCGGGUACUUUAUUUAAGUAAUAUUGAAUUUUUACACCCAAGAAGUACAAAUAUUUCAGAGUUUCAGAAAAUGACCAACUUGUACAGAGAGGAUGAAAAGUGAGAGUAAAACUGCAGAGGCCUCCAGUGAGAGGAGAGCCAGACUUGACAUGAGGGGGAGUGUAUGCGUGCGUGUGUGUAUCUGUGUUUUUGUGUGUCUUUAAGAGCUGUUAGAAUCAUUAAAAAUGUUGAAGAUACGCUGUAGUACACAAACGGACGUCUGAACACACCCACGCUGCAUCAGACUGACGCACAUGCUUUCACAUAUGGGUCGCUGCUCAUCAGUCACACUCACGCACAGGCUGAAACAUCACCUCAUAUUUCUCUCUGCACACCAGACAGGUUGACUUGACAUUCAACCGGGUCAUGAGGAGCUUCUCUAAUGGAUAUGUUGUCAUAAUUCAAACCUUCAAAUGUUGUCUGUGCAACUCUUGAGUUAUUCUGUUGUGAUUUCAAAGGAAAGCAGUCCAACGUGGAUGUAUCAGCAGGACUGAUUCAAAGACCUCCUUUUUUUGUGCCAUUUUUACUAGUAAAGUACUUUUUCACAUCACAGAGUAAAGUGAAAAUAAACAUAGAGAUAAAAGUUCUGAAAAGCUGGCUUGCUUUAUGCUUUCUUUUAUAUAUUUUUUUCUCUUAAUAUUUUAUUAAUGCUUUUGCUUGACCUCUUCGACUCAUUCACAACAAAAACACUUCAGUCUAAACAGAAAACAGUCAGUGAACCUGCAGACAGUAUCUCUGUUCUGUAAAAUGAAACCCAAGCCAUGAGGAACACAGUGUUAAUAAAAGAACUUACAUGGAAAAUAUUGACUUCAUUGCAGUGUUAAGUGUUGCAGUGUUAAGACAUUUGAAAUGUCAUCUACACAGUGUUUGCACAGCUGGAGGUGUGAUCUACUAGAAAUAUGAUCUAUUUUAAAUUUGAUUGUUAGAAAUUGUGUUAGAAAUAUGUAAACAACAUAGUCUGGUAAAGUUACCAUGUAUCUGACCCAGAAGCCUUUUAAGCUCCUGUGAAGAAGUUCAUGUUUGUGACAGCACAGAAAGCAUCUAUCUCAAUUGCUUGAGUAGGUCACUGAGAGUAUUAACUCUAGUCUGUUUUGUAACAGGCAAAAAAUCUCCCUAUCGGAGCUUUAAAGACACACUGAUGCAGAAAUGGACAGCAGUGGUGUUUCUACAAAAACACAAAAGAAGCUGUAUGAUAUUGACUUAUUUCUGUGCUGCCUUGAAAAAUUUCUCCUGUUGAGCAGAGCUGCCAAAUGGAGGUCUGUGUCAAGUAAAUAAUGCAUAAAACAAGAAAAUGUGAUAACAGCAGUCAGUAUAAAUCAGACGAACUCCUGGACUAGGUCUCCUUAUGCCCUCCAGUCAUCAGCAUGCUAACAGGGUUAGCACCUUUAGCUGUUUGAACAAAGAGGCCAGCUAACAGGUUACUGUGUGUUUGGACAGGCUGAUAGCAGCUGGCUAUGAGCCACUGCUCUAAUCCUCUGUUUGUAUAUUUCCUUGUUGGCCCAACACCAGUGUGAACUCGGCCAGAGCUCUGGGCUGAUGUGCAAACAUAGUUGGUGAAACACCCUGUAUUGCAUUACCACUGGUCAGUGUGAGAGCAUCAACAAAAAGUGGCUGUUGAAGAUUUGACUGAUACUGGGGAAAUAUUUUCACACAAUUCUCGUAAAUCAGCAGUUCACUGAUCUCUGAUCCAAUAUUUUUGAUUGGACUCUAUGUGAUAAACACUGACAGAAAUUGUAAGUAGUACAUUUGAAACAAAGCAAUAUGAACAUAAUGUGACCCAACAAUCUGCUCAGGCACCAAACAGCCCAUCAAUCAACUCCUGAUUUUGAUAUGUGAUUGUAAACAAUGCGAUUGAUUCUGUCUUUGUGUCCCACCUCAGGGUUGAAAACCUACCUGAUCUCAGGCAGGAAGCUGGAACAUGAUGUUCAGUGUGGCUGCUCUCAACUGGGACUUUCAGCCGGAGUCAGCCUUCCCUCCUGCCCUCAGCCCCGCACACCAGACCUCAUCCCCGGGGGAGCUCAGGCUGCUGAGCCCCUGAUGCCUCACCAACAACCAGACAGGCUCGUGGUAUGUUCAGAAGAAGUAAUCAGAAGGACUAUUUUGUCCUUCUCUGAAACUAUCUGUCAGGUUCACAGUUUCUGAGCCUUAUUGAUAGGUGACAGUGGUAACUGAUUAUACUUAGUCCUUAGGUCUUGUCAGUAAGACUUAAAGGUGGGGUAGGCAGGACCUGAAGAAGUGCCAGUUUUUUUGGGAGAAAUCUUGGAUGAAAACUCUACCCCUCUCAACCAGUUUUCCCCUCAGCUCCUUCUCUCCCCUCCGUCUCUGCUCCAGCAAGCCCCGCCCACAAACAGACGCUCCUGCUCGCUCAUAUCGUUUCAAUUAAAUUCAGAUAUAAUGCAGAUAAAUACUUCAGAUAACUACAAAUGGGGCUCAGUCAACAUGAAAGUAAAGAGCAUUGGUGCUACUGUAGAUGCCAACAGACUACCAGCAAACUCGAUGUUUGCAGGACUUCUACAACUAGGGUAAAGUGACAUACUCCAGGACCUGCAGUAAACAGUUAAGUGGUGCUACAACACGCAGCAGGUCUCUUUUGACAAGAAACACUUCUGUUACAGACACUUGGCUUACUUUGUUAAAGUGGUUUACCUGUCCAGCAGAAAGGUUACAGGGUCCGUAAGAUCCCAAAGCGUCCCCCAUCGUUUAUGCUGAUGUUGACCCAACUUCUUAGCUCUUGACUGGUCUACCUCUGUUUGAAGUGCUUGUUAUUCCGCCAGAGUCUCUAACUAACAGCUAUUGACUGAUACUAAAAGCUUUUUUUAUACACCACAAAAAAGAUGCCAUUUUAACGGAAUCCUGCCCACCCCACCUGUAAACACUUUGGUCUGCUAAUGUAGCUUUUCAAACUGUCACUGUGUGAUGUAAUUUGUCGCCUCUGUGUUGUCUUAUCUCUCCAGCCUCCCUGUGUGGCCCGCGGUGUGGUUUCAUCUUUGGGGGCAGAGCAUGGAGAAGAUGUAGCUGUGCUGAAUGGCUGUCAGGAGGAGCACAAGACCAGCAGUGCAAAGGUGGAACAUCCACAUGUACAUGAAAAAUGAGAGCGCACAUGCACCCUUUUAGCGGUUACUGCCUGAAGCUGUCCCACCCAGCAAAAAGUUGUUGAAAAGACAUUGAAAAGACGUUGAAAGGACAUUGAAAAGACGUCUUCACCAUAAGUCUAAACAACGUUUAGAUUCGGACCAUCUAAAUAAAGCCCAGAUUUCAACAUCUAUUUUUGGGCUGAAUUAUGGCCAUGACGGGCCAGCGUGAUUUAGCCUGAAAGAAAGAUGUCUAAAUGAUGUCGGGUGUUUGGUGGAGUCUGUCCACAAAAAAACUUGCAACAGGAGCGAAGAGGUUUUUCAGUUACUGGGGUCAAGAAAAGUUCCAGGGGAGUUACUUUCAUCACAGAUGCUUAGGGAGUGACAUGCAGCCAGUAGCAUUUUUGAUUUAUUGCGUUGUGCAUUAGAUGGUGACAUGUUUAUUCAAAACAACAUAAAGUUAAAUGAAAUUUUAUUGAUGAGAUCAGCAUGAUGUCAUCUAGAACCAGUUUAAGACAGGUUUGCCUCUCUGCACUGUAGUCUGUUUUUCUCCAUCUCAGUGGAUCUUUCAUCCUCAGUGGAGACACAGAAAAAACUGAAAUGGAAGGACUUUUGAGCCCCUUAAAAAGAAGCUCUUGGGACCGAGAGAUCUGGUUACUUAUGGUGGAAAUAUGGCUUGAGCUACUCAACAAUCUUUGGAACUUAUCUGUCUGUCUUCUGUUUUUUUUCUCCCCUUUUUUUCUCCAUUGUCUUCUUUGCAACCAGUUCAUCCCAGGUCACAGCCCCAGAGCAGCCAACGGUCUCUUAAGUCCCCCGCUGGAGGACCCGGUGCGGGCCAGCCAAAGCUCUUUGUGUGACAUGCUCCAAGAGAAAGAAAAGAAGACCAGCACCAGCACAGGGACCGGCACCAGUCUGGGUAUGGCUGGCGGCCCAGGAGCAGCAGGAACAGGGAUGGAUCACUCAGCUCUGAUCCAACUGCGUGCUAAGAACUUCAGAGAAAAGAGCGACGUCCACUUUGUGGAUGUUAUUAGAGAAGACAGGUGAGCAGAAAAUAAUCGCUAGAGGUUAUGAGGAAGUGACCAUAUUUGAUAAGGUCUGCAGAAGGAUUUUUUAAUCUGUAACAGCUAUUGAAGAAUUAAAGCUUAUCUGUCAAUCCAUACUAGAAAUUGUGAAAUGUGAGAAAUUGAAUCUUACAUUUAAUUGUCUCACAAGUGUGACAGGAAGACAGGUAAUACAAUGUUUAAGCACCAAACCUUUCAUACUUUGCUCUGCUCUAAUUGAGUGGGUAAACUGGUAAAAACUCCUAUUCCUCUUAGUUGAGGUUUGUUUACAUGGAGUAAUAUUCAGGCAAAGCAAAAUGCAUCAUGUUCAGCCCAGUCAACUGGUUAUUAAGAGGGGUGAGAGUGGCGAAGAAAACAAAAAUAGAUGCCUGCAUUUAAGAAUUUAGAGAAGGCAGCAUACCUUGUUGGGUAGCUGGGUAAAGAGAGUGGAGAAUGAAGUGCAGCAAAGGGUCAUAGGCUGAGAUCUAACUUAUGCUGUCUGCUGUUAGGUCUAUAGCCUUUAUUCACACAGCUGCACAUCUAAACAGCCGGGACAAACUGCACCUUAUUUGGUGCAUUGAAUUUUUAAUGGUUUUUUUAAGUAUCUGUCUAGUUGAUUUUGAGUUCUAACUUGGAUGUAAUCUAUCAUUUGGUCUCGUCAUUUAUAGUCUGAUGAAGGACUACUUUUUCAAACCGCCCAUUAACAAACUCAGCCUCAAUUUCCUUGAGAGACCUCUGGAGAAAGCAUACCGCAGCAGCUACAAAGAGGAGGUAAACACACACGCACACACACACAGGUUUGUUUGCUUUAUUCUCCACAAAAGGCUUUAUUCUGCUAAUCUUUUAUCUCUUAUAUUCUCUUGCCACACACACACGCACGCACGCACACACACACACACACACUUUUACUACAUGAUCGUAUCUUAAGGAACUUUGUACUGAUCUAUAUGCUACUUUAAUUAAACCGCUUUACUGCCUUUCCUCAUUACCAAUAUUUGAUUACUUCUCAACAAAAGAGACUCAUGUUCAUACAUUAUGACUUCAAGCUUUUCAUAACUUCUCUACCCCUGGAGUGUAAAUAAUGCACAUAUAUUAAACAUAUAAAAAGUUGUAACCUCAAGAAACUCUGAAUUAAGACAGAUGAAGACCUCUGAUGUUUUCCUGACUCUUGAACCCAGUCUGUGUUUGUAUAAAGAGGUCAAUAAAUGUUAGAUGUUGUAAGACCCCUUUUCAUGACGUUCAUGCCACAUUAGUGUGACACACAGUCGCGCACACCCAGGACCAGUUCAAUUUGGCCUGCAGUGACCUGACAGAGCUGCAGCCCUCUGCUGUUCCACCAGUGUUACUGCAGAGCCACAACACAGAUGUUCAACCUCUGAGUUCCUGUCAUGUAAAGCCACAGUCACUCAUUUCACUCAGCGUGUUUCUACCUGAAAUCCUUUCUACACUUUAUACAGUGUAUAUUAAUGUCUUUGUUUAACUGAAAUUUAAUAACGUUUUUUUUUUUUUGUGGUAGUUUUGUUAAAACUGAACUAACGGACAGAUAUGUAUUUGGGUCAGAAUCAAAGCAAAUUUUUCAAUUCCAGAAGUUAGAACUAUUUUUAAUAAGCAUUGCUGUUUUUCAAUGCUUGAAUUAUGACAUUACCCUCACUACAUGACCAAGCCAUCACUUCACCUCCGUCUCCCCCUCUAGGUAAAGAACCAGGUUCAGGUGCAGACCUUUGCAAGCUCCACCUUCAGCUCCUUCUUGGACGUCCUCCUCAGCUGUUUUGUCUUCCUGGCACUGACUCUGGCCUGCUUCCUUCCACCUCUGGUGAGCCCAUCCACUGCAGGCCCCACUGCUGUUGCCGCCAUGGUCCUGGCUCCACUGGCGGGCCUGUUUGAGCUGACCUCCCUGGUGCUGUCCAUACGGUGAGGAAGCUCGGAGCAGAUGACAGAUUCAGUGCAUGUUUUCAAAGGUUUUGAAGACAGAUUACAGGAUAUUCAUACAAGAUAACGUAUUUAUUUCAUGCUUUUACUUUUGGCCAUUCUUGUAAAACAAUAUAACAGUGAUUGUUUUGUUUUCUUUGCCUAUACUUGUGUUUUUUUUUGGCUGCCUGAAACGUCAGAAUGUAAAAUAAACUGCGAUAAUCAGUGCUGUGCAAUCACUGCCUGAAUCAGAAUAUACUGUGUCUCUAGAUUGCCUGCUUCAGAGCCCGGUCUGAUUAAUAGUCUGUAUCUCUUGAAUUUGAGUGAUGUAGUAUUGAAAACCACUCACAGACCAGCUCACAGCACUUUAACUCUCCACUGAGACCAAAACAAAUUAUUUUAUGUGGAGGCUGGCUCUCAAACCACAAUGUAUUAAUUUCUUUGGUCAGAUGCAACUGGCUCAUGUCCAGUUGUUGUUCAAGCAUUGUACUGGCAGAGAAAUUAGCAAAAUGUUACCUUGUACCAAGUGGUGUCUCAGACCCCAAAAAAUUCUCUUUAUCUGAUACUCCAGUAUUUGCACAGCUGGAGGUGUGUUUUGAUUAAGUUUAUUGUGCAUUUUUGUGGGUUUUAGAAAGUAUCUUAUGGGAAAAUAAAUUAAUUUUCACUUAUUGCCAUGUGAAAGUGAGCAAUAAAUCUUGGUCCUGUCUGUGACUUUUAUUGCACGUUUGUGUUUUCAUUAUGUGUCUUAAUUAAAGACUAAUGAGAGUCUGCUGCACACUACAUUUGAGUAAGCUGGGAAAUUCAUAAGGUCAAGAAUCUGAUUAAUAUAAUGAAAGCAAAAAACCUGUACAAACUGUUUUCUUUUUUAUUAUGAAGUUUUGCUGAAUUUUUUGUUUAUUUGACUUGUUUGUAAUUCUUUUUCCUCUACUGUUCUCUACUCUUGCAGUAUGGCCUUCUACCUGGAGGAGGUGAUGAACUGUACCCGCUCCCUGCUCCUAGCGGUCUCUGGAUGGAUCCCACGUCAUGUUAUUGGAGCUGUUUUAGUCUCCCUUCCUGCCAUCUCCGUCUUGUCCCAUCUCAUGUUCAGCAGUAACAUGCACCUUCAGGUAAACUUGUCUGUUCAGUUACUGUAAGAAAAUGAAUCAAGUAGGUUGGAUGAUGGGGUAAAAGGGAAGAGACUGUGAGUUGGCACUUAAAGACUCAGGCUUUGUUUUACAAAACUGACUGAGAGGUUUAAAGCCUACUAAACCUGUACCUUGGUGCAAAAAAAUAAGAUCAGUGCAAUUCACCAACAUAGGCGGCAUUGGCCGGUGCAGUUAGAGAAUAUUUGUACAACCUGCUAAGUGUUAAGAUGCUGCCAUGUCUGUGUGGGGUGUGCUGUUCAACCUUCCAGUUAUCAUGACUACAGCUCCAAGUGUUUGUUGCCAAAAAAAUCACAUCUAUAGAUAUGACUUUGACCUUUUUAAAUGUAAUAUUAUAAGGGACCACAUCAGCACAAAGCUUUAUGGAGGUCAACCCAGCACACGGGCAUAGUUUACCACAUGUGGAGAGAUGGUAGUGGCCGUUACAGAGCAGCUACUUCCACUCUUGAAAAAUGAAGCCCAGGUGGUCGUGCAGAAAAACAUAGACUGUAUAUACCAUGGCCAACUUGGUUCUGCCCUCCAUCAUUCUACGAAUUUGAAGCUGAAUUGCUCUCAGUAUUUCCGGGAUUUUCUCCACUUCCUGGAAAGACCACUUGUGCGGUAGUGUUGAAUGCAUUCAGCGGGAGAGUCGUCGAGAGUCACUGUGAUGACGCUCGGCUCAAAUAGUGUAUACCCCGGGUGAGCUACGCAAUCUUCAUACACCCAAAGGCUGUAUCAAGUGUCAAUCAUAGAAAACAUGAAGCCCUAAUAACUUUCAAAAAAUGGAGCUGUAAAGAAAAAAGAGGACUUGACCACAAACCAGUCUGACAGUAACUACAUGUCAACAUCACAAGCAGAGAGGGGAAAAAAUUAUAUUCUGUGUAAAAAAUUGGAAGAGGCAGGGUUUAUGACCUUUUCUGCAGCUUGUCAUUGGAGGGUACUGUUCUCACGGUAGCUUCACCCAGCGAGGAGGCAGACGGCGUCCAUUCUAUAUACAGUCUAUGACAAAUAAACUGAUUCCUUGAGUUCCUCUCAAGACUGACUGCAAAAACCAAGGCAUCUCCUUUACAUCUGGUGUUGAAAUGAUCAUUUCAAAGCAGAAAGUUCUUUGAGUUCACCUCUUUGCCUGCGUUUAAGUUGAUCAAAGGUUAGGGUGAAUCAGAAUUUCCUACAUUGUUCUUGCUAUCAUUGGCUUCAAAACUUAAAAUCCAGUUGGUCAGUGAAAAGACCCAACAACACCACAAACAUUUGUCACCAAUUACCAGCACUGGGCCCCAGAUGUCCUCCCUAUCGGGUUGAGCAGCUACACCAUUAAGCAUUAGGAAGCAAGCACACAUACAAUAGAUAAGUAUUUUGGUAGCUAGCCAAAUUUCCCACGGUACUUGAACUAGUCACCACAUGCGCUAUUUUUUGCACAUACAUAGGAAAUACACUUAAAUUCUGCCGGCAGCUUUACCCCCAGACAUGGUAGCAACUUGAACCACACAGAUAAUGCUACAAAAGCUUUAAAGGUGGAAUAAUAUGGGGCACAGUUUCCCACAACAAAGUGAUUUACUCAUGACUUGACAACUUUGAAACCAACUAGAACUAUAAAAGAAAUUGAAUCAGUCAUGUUGGUCUGUCAUAACUGUGUCAACCUGUGUCUUUAAAUGGUGGAAUUAUCUAAUACAUUUAACCCAAAACACAAACAAACCCGUGAUCGCAUUGUACAUUAAGUUAUCUGUAGAUGUUAUUGGUUAGAUAAUAAGACAAAUCAAAAAAGUGAAACAAGGCCAAACAUGAGCAAACUGCAUGGAGCAGGACAGCUCGAUAGGCGUGUAGCAAGUACAGAUAGCAGGUGAUGCACAAUUAAUGUGGUUAUUGGCAGCUGUGAUCCAUUCUUGGUUUAUUUGUUCCUCUGUGGAUCCAUCAAUGUCUUAAUAAUCCUCCUAAGUAUGCCUCGAGUAUUUAUGCUGACUGUGCAAGUGUGAAACUGUUCUCUCUUUAAUAAAGCCAGCAGAGAGUAGUCCAGAAGUUGAGACGCUGCCCCUGUGGUGGUCUGAAGCCAGGGAUCCUUGGAGAGCUGCAGAGCUGUUAGCUGGGGUUAGCCUUGAUACAAGCUGUAAAGGAAAAUAGCUAGCAGGUUUCAAGAGGCUUUGUCUGUGGACCUUGGCACCAGAAGUGUCGACAUACAGUAUCUUUAUCUCCGAUUCCUGCAUGUGAGAAGAUUGAAAACGACCAAACUUCUCAACCUUUUUGCAAAGUUUUGAGUCAAGGCCAUAUCCGAGCUUGAAACAAGUUUGAUUCUCUUCCCCUAGCUUUGAGCCACUGGCUCUGCGCAAGAUGUGUGAUGUUUUGAUAUCUUGUUUUCCAAGCAUUUUCAACAUGCUGUUUCUCUAUCUCUGUCUCCCCCACCCUGCUCUGUCUCUUCUCUGCUCUUUCUAUGUCUUCAGGGCUUGCAGAUCAAAGCUCUAGUCUCAGGGAGGGUUGUUAAUUAGACAUGCAGUUUUCUGGACUUUAAUGCCUUUGAAGAUAUAAAGCCCAAUAACAUUGCUUUGGGGGGGGGGCAUGAUGGGAGGAGAGAGGACUUGUGUAGGGAUGAGAGGGAAAAUGUUAUCUUCUCAAUGUAAUCACUAACAACCUGUGAAAGUCCUCAAUAUACCAAUGCUCACUUGGUGUGUAUUUCUGACCGCCCAAAUUGUUUUUAAAUAAAAUAUAUUGGAGAAAAAAAUUAUUCACAGCUGAUCUCCAAACCUCAAAGGGUGUUUCAUAGUGAUAUCCAAAAGCCAGGUUUUGCAUUGUAGUAGACUUUGGCAUUUUCUCAUUGUUAAGUCUCGUGUUGUUUUAUAUUUUUGUUGUAAACACUUUCCCUUUUUCUCCAGGUGACCAUGUUCUUGUGUUGUGCCACAAUCCUGGCUAUCAUCCAGUACUGCAACUUCUGUCAGCUCAGCUUCUGGAUGCGUUCAGUCCUGGCGACUAUUACAGGGGUCGCCCUGCUGCUGUUGCUGUACAGCCCCUUACACAGGUAUAGGACUCACCACAGACUGUGUUAAAAGUCUGAUGAUAUGACAGCUUUCCAAAAGUAAAGCUUAAAAUUAGGAGCCCCCCUCACUGCCUGCUCCAGAGUUUAUAAAGCCUGCCUCCUCCUUGUAACCAGAUGGGGCAUACGCCAAACUUUAAAAUCAAAACACAUUACACAUGGUUCCCUUAAGUAAGUUAUCAGUUAUAGUGCUAAUUCAUGUCCAAUUCGUUGUUUUUUAUAUGACAAUAACAGUUUUGAUGAGUUAUUUGUUGCUAAAAAAAUUAGGAUUUACUGCUCCAACUGAAAAGUCUGUUGAUAAAUGAAACUCCUGCGACACUUUGUAACUGAUCAGCUAAGCAGAGGAGGAGUUCUUGAAGAAAAUCUAACAGAUACGAAUGUAUGAAUUGUUGAACUUUCAAUAACUGUUUGCGUCUGCUUCACACUGACACAAGGCUAGGGUUGUUCAAAUCAUUGACUUCCUCUAGUUACUUCAGCCAUUUUCCGAACCUUUUACAAAACCUUGAAGUCAACAUUCAUGCUUUCACCGUUUUGGUUUUGGAGUCAAAAGUGACACUUUUCAACAAAGAUUUGAGCUUAAGAGCAACAGAGAGUUGGUAAGAGGCCUAAAAAUCGGCUAAUAUAUGAGCCUGCUCACUUGGCAGGAUGCAUAUGUGACUCAAAGUAACUGUGACGUGUGUCCUUAAUAAAGGCAGUAAAGAAUAGCUUUACCAUAAGGACAGUUAUUACUGAGACAUUAAAUCAAGUCAGAGGUUGAGUUUUUUCCAUAUAAUUUCAAUGAAGUUGCCCUCUCUGGCCAUUGGAAAGAAUGCAGAUUUAAGACAAUUUACAAGGCAUCCUUAACCAAGACUGUCCCCUUCUUUCAUAUGUUACAGUUUAUUGUUUAUCAGGGUAAAAUGUCAAAACACUGUACUCAAGAAAUCAAUGUGCAUGUCUGCAAAGCCUAUAAAGGAAAACAUAAUGUACAAACGAGAUGUUGUGGCUUUGUGUAGAGUACCUUUAUUUUGUGAUUGUCAUGCAUGUCUUUCUGAUUGCAUUAACACAUUCAGUAAUAUUCCCAAACACAUACAAUUCAUCGAGAGGGUUCAGUUUAACUCACCAUUUUGUCUCCGUUCCUCAGUCAAUUAAGAUGAUUAAAUCUGACCUUUAUUACACACGUGUUCAUGUGUGUGUAUCAUGUGUGUCCCUGUGUGCGACCCUGCUUUUCUCUCCACUGACACCACUCUUGUCUUUUGCAGCUCCAGUAAUAACAGCUUGCCAGUGCAUGGGUGAGUGUCUCCGUGGAAACAGAAGGGUCUGAUGCAGGAAUGACAUUUGGAUGGUCAACAGGAGCAACAGCUCUAGUUUUUCAUAACCUCAGCUCUCUCUGGCCUUUACUCAUUCUCACAAAUUUCUGCUUUUUAUUCUUCACUUUGGUGUCUUCUUUCUCUCUGUCUUUUUACCUGCAGCAAUGGCUGUCACUAGUGGUAUAAAUGAGUCAUCCAGCUCCUCUGGCUUAAAUGUCGUGUUAGACUCACAAGUUAGCUACCUCUGCUAUGUAAGAAGAACUAAAAUAAGAAUAACUUCAUUAAUCACAGAGAUUCAUAAGAUAAAGUCCAUGUAGAAUCAUGCUCUGCGGUGUCGAGAGAUGCGCAAAGAAACUGCUUGAUGAGCUUUUGCUUCAUUCAGAGGAAAAUUUGGUAUUUCGUUAAUUAGCAGUGAUCAUAUUUUUUUUAACUGAUUUAUUUCUUUAUAUUUUAACUUUACCCCUCAUCUACUUCAACAGCAGUUAUUUAAUCUGCACAACAUCCACAAUGCUUUUUGACAGUAACCCCAGAGAAGCAUGAUUAACAUGUUGUUUUUGGCUUCACUUGGACUUGGGGGUAUAUAAAUGUAGCUGGAUAGUAAACUUGUUGUCAAGAUUGGGUUUGAUUUAUUUAGGUCAGAGGAAAAAUGAAUAUCUCUUCCUCUUGGAUAAAUUUGAAUGUGGCUGUAAAUCUGGGAAUCUUGAAUCCUAUUGUAACUCCAAACAACAUACCGGACAACAAACAAGGCUGGAAAUAGAAGCUAAUGAAAAGUAGCUGCCUUUAAAAAAGUGUCAGGGUUUCCUUUCUCCUCUUUAUCUUGUUUAUGUGUUUUCUUAUUUGCUGUGCCAUCGUUGAUUGUUAUUAUGCUCAUCACAGUCACUCUUACUUGUCUUCUUUUAACCCCUCAGUUUGAACAUCUCCACGUCCAGUGAUGUAGUUUUAGCGUCGGUUAUUCCUGGUCCUGACCCUGUUCCUUCACCGAGGCCUCUCGACCUUCUGAUCCCGGAGGCUGUCCUGGCUUUCUUCCUUCUUCUGCUCCUGGUCUGGUUCCUCAACCGUGAGUUUGAGGUCAGCUACCGUCUCCAUUAUCAUGGCAACGUGGAGGCUGACAAACACCGCUCUAAGAUCCAGACGUUGCGAGACCAGGCUGAGUGGUUACUGGGAAAUAUCAUCCCCAUCCACGUUGCUGACCAACUCAAGGUUGUUAUCAUUUUAAGAAAGAAGAAAAAACAAAAUUUAGUUUGGUGUAGGGCUGUAUAUGAGCCUGAGCAUCUAGCUCUCUGGCAGUCUACUGCUUCUUCUUCAUCUCUUUUUUGUCUCAUGAUUUGUGGCGACCACUUAAAAAGAAUGUAAGCUAUGAACUUGUAAUAUUACUGUUUGCUUAGUUUUAGCACAAUAUCAAUAUUUGACAGAAUACCGUUAUUCUGCAACAGUCCUGGAUGGGAGGUUAAAGAAACACGGCUGAUGCAGAACUCUUUGUUUUUGUCAUCCUGAACACACCAUUUUACAAAAAGAAAAAAAAAACUUUGCACCUCAUGAAAAAAUGAAAAAAACACUGUAUCAGGGUAUCUGUAUCUAUUCAAGACAUACAUUGCCGUGCAUAUGCUUUCUUAGGCCAGACUUAUUAGAUUUGUUUGCUUUAUUCUCCACAAAUGGCUUUAUUCUGCUCAUCUUUUAUCUCUUAUAUUGUCCUGCCGCACACACACACACACAAACACUGUGCUCUAUGGCUAAAACUCACCAGCAUGAAUUUUAUGAAGAGGCCAAAAUAAGAAAUACCACACCCAGAUAUUUCAUUAUCACAACAGAUGGACCGCACAUGUGGAGGCUUAUUGCUAAUGCCAUGAUUAUAAUGAUGCAAAGCUGCGAAAAAGUAUUUUGAAAGCAGCAAUAAAAGGUUGGAAAAUAUACUUUUUCAGUGCUAAAUAUACGCCAUUAUUGCUUUUUCCUUAAAUGAAGGAGAUAAAAGUUUUGAUUUUUCAGUAUUUUAUCAAAUUAUCAGCUUUGCACAUUCCACACUUUAUAACAGGAUCAUUGUACCAUGGUCAUCUUUUGUUUCUCUUUAUCCUCAGGUUACCCAGAGCUACUCAAAGAACCAUGACAGUGUUGGUGUGAUUUUUGCCAGUAUUGUAAACUUUAGUGAGUUCUACGAGGAAAGCUACGAGGGUGGUAAAGAGUGCUACCGGGUCCUGAAUGAGCUCAUUGGAGACUUUGACGAGCUCCUGCGCAAACCUGAAUUCAAAAGUGUGGAAAAAAUCAAGACAAUCGGUGCCACCUACAUGGCAGCGUCUGGUCUAAAUGUCCGACAGAUGGCUGAAAAUGAGGAUGACUCUCCAUAUGCUCACCUUAAGGCACUUUUCAACUUUGCUCUGGAGAUGAUGGGCGUCCUGGAUGACUUCAACAAGAACAUGCUGGGUUUUGGGUUCAAGCUCCGUAUUGGAUUUAACCAUGGCCCACUGACAGCCGGGGUGAUCGGCACCACUAAGCUGCUCUAUGACAUCUGGGGAGACACAGUCAAUAUUGCGAGCCGCAUGGACUCCACUGGCGUGGAGUGUCGGGUUCAGGUGAGCGAGGAAAGCCAUGUUGUGCUCAGCAGCAUGGGCUUGGAGUUUGACUACAGAGGUACAGUGAAUGUUAAAGGCAAAGGUCAAAUGAGGACCUUUCUGUACCCCAAAUGUGAGGAAAGCAUAAGUCAAGCUGGAACAGACCAGGGCACCAGUGGCGGAUCCACAUCAGCCAAUAAGACUUCAGGAUCUGUUGCCCAGGCAGCAGCUCCCCCUCCUUCUUCACCCCUCCCUCCAUCACCAAGUGUUGUGAGGCCUUUAGGAGCACCUCAGUCCACAGAGUUAAGGGAGGAGGGAUAUAGGGACGCUCCACACCUCCCUGCCACAGACCCUCACCUUCCACCCAGCUCUGAACUCAGCCCAGAGCCCAGAGCACACCGACCCUCCCAGGUGCAGCCUGCUCCUCUCGCUCUUCAGGAGGUGGAGGAUGAAGAGGAGGCUAGUGAGCUAUCAAAACUCAAUGAGGAGUUUUAUGCUCGUCUCUGA